UUGACCAAGAACUUAGCAACUGCCAAUCCAACCUCAAGCAAUGAUUGUACGCCAUGGAUCUUAAAUUAGUACCCUGGAGAUCAAAAGAAGAGUUUUUAUUCUUAAUGUCUUGCUUUUAUAAUGAAGGACAAGAAGAAAUUCCAGAUCCAAGCGCGUUAUUUCGAGGUAUUGAAAUUGUUCAGUCAUGGUCAACACGAGGACGGAUUCCUCAUUCUGUAGAAGCAACUGCACAAUUGGUUUUGUCUCUUUUAAACGGAGAUCCUUCACAGAAACUCAGUUUGUCUUUAUCUAUCUCAAGAUUUGUCAGUGGUCUUUUAGAUCCUAUUCAACAAUCGCAGUAUGCGGUACCAAUGGCUAUAUUAGCAAAGUCAAUUGAUUUACCAACUUCCUUUGUUGAAAUUCGUCAUGCAAUUACUCACGAAGAACUUCCAUCUUUACCAGUACUACGACAAACCGCAUACAGAGCUUUGGCUUGGCUUUACGAUCAUUAUUGGAUUCGUGCAGCAAAUGCAAACUCGGGGAUAGUUGAUGAUACGAUGGAGGUUAAUGAGACACACAAGGCUGAUAUUCAAAAGCGCGUAAGAGAACUUUUGAAGAAAUGGAGAUCCUGGAGGAAAGUGAAUGUUUCUGUAAAUGUGAAUCAAUUAACAUCAGAACAUUAUUAUGUUCGUGAAUUUAACGAUAUUUGUUCUGAAAUCGUUUCUAUUAGCUCUUCUCGAUUACCAUAUAUUCUUGCUUCCUUCGUAAGCGAUGAGCAGGAUUUGAGUUUUGCACUCGAAACCACAAACUUAGAGAUUGUCGUCUCUUGUUUCUUAGAAAAAAAGUUUUUAGUUCCUUCCAAGGCGGCUUCGAGUAAUCAUUUUCCUAAAGCGAUUAAUUUAUGGUUACCUCUAUUACAAACUAUCGCUUCCAAACACUCCUUGUUCCUUCCUGCUUUACAAGCCCGUUUGUUUUCCGAAAUCAACGAUGCUAGUUUAAGUUAUCAGGAAUCCACACUUUUCAUGAAUGAAAGUAACGAAGAUAUCAAGGAAAGAAAUUCUGCGUACAUGUACUUAACUAAGUGGUACAUUUAUCUGACAAAGGCAGCAUACAAAUCGGAGCCUUGGGCGAACAGUGUAUCAAUUACACAGACGGAAUUAGCUUCAAUACUGGAAUUGUGUAUCCAACGAAGUGACCCUUUUACUCGAGCUGUUGUUGAUGAAUUAUCACCUUUGGAUAAGGAACUUGAAGAAAAAUACGCAGCUUUAUGUCAAUAUCGGGGUGAUGUGAAGACUGUUGGAUUUUUGGGGGAGGAAAACAUCAUUACAGAAACGACUGUGGAUCAGAUGCAAGAAGAUUUGGCCCAGCUAACAUCCCGGCUUAACUCCAUAGUCGAGCCUGAGGAAUCGAAAUCUUCUAAUCUGCAAACUUUUCGGAAUCGCAUUUGGUAUAAGCCUAAAGUAGAGCUCGCUCCAAUUGGGCAUUUUAUUUUAGAAUGAUAUACAUUAUGCAUGGAAUAUAGAGGAUACUAUCUGAGAAAUAUAAUAAAACUUUGGGUAUACUGGUUAACUGAUAUGGUGAACUUACUAUUUGAAUAAUUAAGAUGUUUAUUUGGGUUCAUUGUAUGUAGGAGAUUUGGAAACUUUUGAUGUAGCUCAUAAAAAUGUUUUGCACAAAACUACUAGCUCUAUUGAAUUUUACGAAAAUAAC